GUCCGUGAAGGCAGGGGCUGUGCGCAACACUCGCGCGAAGACGCGCAGGGUCAGUGGCUUCAAUGCUUUUCAGAAGGCGCACAAGCACCACUUCAAGCAGUCGCGAUUGGGCACCGCCGAGAAUCGACAGGAGACCAGGAACCUGGGGGAGAUCUGGCGCAACAUGCCGGCCGAAGCCCGCGCACGGUACGAGGAACAGGCUCGAGAGCUCCAAUCUGCGCGGGAUGACUUGAAGGGUAAGUGUCUAUCGAAAACAGCAUCGGCCGAAGCAGAAGCUGCAGAUACUGGGAUCCUGAGCACGGCUCAGGUGAAAAGGCUCAACGGCUUCAGGUUGGACAAGACAUUGUCCCAGGUGUCGGAGCACCGGGUGUGGCAGGCUGGUCUAGGGAUUGCCGAUCAUGUGGCUGCUCUGAAGGCAAGCCUCGUCAUUCCAGUGCCAGAUGCCGCUGCGAUGCGAGGGAUUAAGCGUCAAUACGAGGAAGCUUUCUCGUAUGAUUCACAGAUCGUGCCGAACCCUCCUACGAUGCCCAAGUUCAGCCGCCCCUGCUGUACUCUCCAGGCUGGUACUUGUCAGUGCGACCCUUGUUUUGCUGUGAUGCAGCGAUUCGUGAAGGAAUUCCAUGAGCAGCUGAUCGCUCAGCGACUUGGGGGCAGCCCGAGCCUUGUGCAACUCACACCGAGCAACGAUGCCUCGAUGUGGCUGAUUGUCUGCACUGUGGCACUGCGGCCUCAGUGCCACGUUGUCGCCCAUUUGCACUCCUUGGGCGGUUCCUUGUACUUGACAAUGCAGAACGGCAGCAUUUCUAUGGGAACAAUGCAUCGGGUCAUGCGCAGGAUGCUACAGGCAGCUUCCCGAGGGGGUGUGCCGCUAGAUGAAUUCACCUGCACUGUGGCCGUUCGCCUUUAUGGUGCUUCAGAGAUGGCGGACUCACAGGAGAUGCAGUUUCUCCAGCCUGAUGAGGAGGAGGCAUUGUCGGAACAUGUGCUCAGUGCAGGCAACCAGCCAGGACUCCCAGGACCGCGACGCGCGCCGGCGGCACCUGCCGGUGGUUGUCGUUUGCCUUUUGGAUUGGUAGCCAGCAGGACGACGAGGGCUCGCAAACCCACGAGCGAGAGCAAGGUGGACAAGGGCAGGGAUGCCGAGACGGAAGGGGCUUCCUCUGCGCCUUCGGGCGAGACUGCAGUUGCACAGUCACUUGGGCAGACGGUGGACAAGGAAGAGCCCGAGCUUUUGUCUUCAGUGGUCGAGGGCACUUGCCUGCUAAGUCCAGGUGCACAAGCUGAACUGGAGAUGGCCAUGCAGCUGCAACGGCACUGGGAUGCCAGCCAAGAUCCUGAGGAUGAUGCUCGCACGUCUAAAAGCAGAUCGUGUGCAAGCUUGGAUCCAGAUGCUGCACCUGCUGGAAGCCGUGCGCGGCCACGGCCAGAGCCAUCUACGGCUGAGCCAGUGAGUGGCCCCGGUAUUUUCCAGGCCCGAUUGGGCAUCCUCAGCGUGGGCCGGGUACAACGCCCGAAUGUGAGCUGCUACUUUUGUCAGAGCAAGCUAGCAAAGGGUUCCUUGCGUUUCGAGUACGCAUACAAGCUGAACAAGCCUCCGCAGAGUAUCCACGCAAGCUGUUUGGCGCAAAUCCCUGAUGAUCAGUUGUCGGUCUCCAUAGGGACACUGGGGUAUGCAAUUGGUUCGCAGCCGCUGUCGUCAGUUGACAGGUAUUCAUGUGAAAGAGCUCUGGAUGAGCUGAGCUCUCGGUUGUAA